AUGUCUGUAAAGCUAAUACGAAUGCUCCUGGCUGCUGUGGUGCUUGUUACAUCCAUAGCAAACAUUCUAUUUAUGGUCGAAAACUGGACGAUGAAUGUUACGGAAAGGACCAAGGACUCAACGAACCAUGAAACGUCGAGGAGGACGAUGUUCAGAGAGGCUGUGCUAGCUGGUGAAGCGGUUUUUAAUGGUACAUAAAAUUUCACACAUAUAUCAGAAUUUUUGAAUUUCAAUUUCAUUGUUUGCUGAACUUCCCUUAUUAGUUUAAUUUCUCUUCUAUUCUAACUGGAAAAUUGCACAAAAUUCUAAACGUCUUCCACACGCUGACGGAAUUUGCAACGAUGUUUUUUCAUUAUAUAGUCUAUUAUUGUGAGGCAAGUCCGCCAUGUUUGAUUUUGUGACAAAUUCAGUAACUGCCGCUCUAUACGAGGAUUUAGCCAACAUACGCCAUUAAAAUGAACUGCCUGCGAAAUAAGAGAGGAAACUAAAAAAGCCUCGGAUAAAUAAAAAAGAUCACUUUUAAGUAUUACGGGGCAUUAUGUAAGUGAAUUUAGGUAUAUCUAGACAUCUGUGUGUUCUUCACGGAAAUUGCAUGGCAUGGCAUUUCAAGGCUCGUUCACAUGACAAACGAAGAAGAAGUUAUACUCCUAGUGAGUACUGUACCUAUAUAACGGCCCUUGAUGGGCCCUUAUAGAAUAUUUAAUAAAGUCAAUAAUUGAGAUUGAAAAUAUUCAUACCCGCCAUUAGACAGUAUUGGCAAAAUGAAAUGCAAAAUUGCUUGUGUUAUCCGUCGAACGUCUAUUGCAGGUACCACAGAUAUGGAUGUACAAGUUUACUCAAGUAAAGAAAAAGCAUCAGUUAUUGUUGACGGAAAAGUGGUAAGGGAUGACCCAGUCAUGAGGGUAAAUGGACUCUUGAGUCUAUGCACAUAGAGUCUACUUGAGCAGGUUAAGGGACCGGUCAUAUGGGUGGGGGGGGGCGGAAGAUUUAAGGGGGGAUCGCUUGAUUUUUAGGAGAACAAAAGGUGGAUCAGUCGUAACUUAGAACCCAAAAGGAAGGAUCACUCAAAUUUGCUUGGAAAAUGAAGACAUAGGCGGGGAUCGCGAAAGUCAUCAAAAGUUAUUGGGGGGAUCAUUUCAGUAAAGUAACAUUCAAAGGGGGGAUCGGCUAAAUUUCACCUUGUUUAGCCCCAAAUCCUCCGCCCCGCCCACCCCCUCCCCCUCCCAGCGAUAAAUAAUGACCGGUCCCUAAAUAGUUUUUCGUGUCGCAAAGCCAGUGACCGGGAGGCUGGACGCUAGUUUUUUCUGUCAUAGGGCUGGAUUAAAGCUUUGGUUGCCUAUGAAAACUAACUACCAUUCAAAACUAACUUUGGUAACAGGAGCCGAUCGGCUCUUGUUGGUAACCAAAAUGUUCCUGAGAAAUCUUGAACACAAAAGCUGGCUCCGACCGAGGGGGUACCCACCAUGACCGCCUUUACGCGGAGGCUCCGUCCCAAGGGGUACCUUUUUCAUGAUUCUUGUCCUGGUCUAAGCUGGUACCGAGCACACUGAGGGAGGGGGGUUCUCCCCGUUGAUGACGGCUUUUCCUGGGAUGCUCCGCCCGAAAGGGGUAGUACCGUUUUCACGCUUCUUCCCCUGGUCUAAACCGGUACUGAUCACUAUAAAAAUCAAUGUAACGCUGUUGUUAAGAUUUCAGAGGUCACCAAGGAAAACAUGCGCGGAAUUUUAGUCUUUGCUUUAAAUCAGAGGACGGGUGUCCCUAUGGCUGUAAGAGCGUUUGACACAUAUGCCUCAAAGGAAGAAGGAGGAGCAAUGAUUAAAUUCAUUGAGGAACUACAAGACGGAAGAAUAGUGUGCAUGGCUAUAAAGGUGAUGUAUAUAUGAUUAUGGGACAUAUCACACUGUCUCCUUAACAAAGAGGGAGCUUAAGCAGCGACGACGACGGCGGCGGCAACGAGAACGGCAAUAGACUGCAAAACAGUCGGUUUUUUUCUCAAAAUCAGUUAAGAAAUCGGUAAGGCGUGGCGUAAAAGUCUUGCGCGCGCGAAGCGCGCGAGCCUCACACGCCCGCGUGUGAGGCGAGAGCGUCUCUCCCCAGUCUCUCUCUAUGUUUUCAGCCUCGUUCCAGACGUUUUGUUUGACUGCUCGCCCGUACUUGAAUACGCAAAAAUACGGAUUGUUUUGCAGUCUAGAACGGCAAAAAAAACGAGAAGUUUAUAUUAGUAAAACAAAACGCCUUUUUGUACAUUUCUUGGCAGUCGUUGCACGACUACUACGUGAAAGUGCCUAAAUUCACGUUUUGUAGAGGACGGGAACACAAGACAACAACUUUCUUUUUCGAUUCCUGAACUUUGAUACAAUCCUUUAGAAUUCAACUCCCAAAAAAUUUGCGAGCAUUUGACAAAUUAAAGGAGAUGGUAUAAAGCGCGAGAAAGUUUGACGCAGUGCGAAUUCACUGUUUUUAAGUGACGUGUUCAUAGCCGUCGCCGUCGUUGUAAGGUACUUAUAAGCUCCUUAAUGUCGACAACGCUUAUCGUGGUACUUCUUGAACAGAAGUUUAUUUAACGGAUACCGGAUUAUGCAAGUAGCAAAACACUAUGAGAAUAGAACCUUGUUGCUUGGAAACUUAGAGAGAGGCUAAUAUAUCCCUUCCUCCCCCCCCCCAACCACCCAUGUAAAGGAAUGCAGGACAGUUUUGGAUUCUGGAUCCUACCACGUGGAUACCGGAUCCCAAGUACUAGAUCCCGGAUUUUUGUAAUAUUGUAAUCUUUAGGGAUUCCGGAUUCCAAAUCCGAGAAUUCCGCAAACCACAAGCACAAAUUUCGCGGAUUCUACUUUCUCUUACACAGGCGAUUUCCCAGUCAAUCAAUUAAGAUAAUGCAAAGAAAAGUACCCUAUUCUCAGAUUAACCUUAGCUCUUUUCCUCGCUUGUUUGGUUACUCUGUGACCACACCUAAGUCACCAUUAUAAGUUUUUGGAUUACAAGCAGUGGAUUUCGGACGCUUGUCAGAGGAAACUGGAUUGCAGAUUCCAAUCGUUAGCAGGAUUGCAGAUUCCUCAGGCAAAGAUUUGUUGGGUUCUGUAUUCCACGUGAGCAAAAAUCUGCUGUGUGACUCCGGAUUCCACAGGAAAAAUUUUGCCGGGUAACGGAAUCCGAGUUACCUUAAAUCGCACAACGGCUUCAGGAAAAAUUUACUGAAAAAAAAAAUGUUCAACUCUCACUCAUCAGAUUCUGACCUAAAGUGUCUCCCUCCAUCAAUAGGAUGAAGCUUCCAUGCAACUUAAUAGUGACACACGAAGCUACAUUGAGAAGCUUGGAAGCAGUUAUUUUAGCCUGGUGGGAUGGCGAGAUAUGUGGGCAUUUAUAUUUCAACGGAACGGGAGAGAGAAGAAAGCAUUCGCCGAAAGUCAUCGAAAAUCCCCAGAGUUCAACAUCUGGGCAAACGAUGUUUUGAUCCGAACUUCAAUAAAACGCCAGUGGGAUUUAUAUAGUCACUGUUUGUGGGAGGAGAAUGCCAGUACUUCAAGGAGAAGAGAAUUUUGCGACAAAUUCGACGGAUACGAAGGAGUGUGUCGCUGUGAGUAGCUAACAUCACUGACAGCCAUGAAAAGUUUUAAGUAUUUGAAGUUCAUUUUGUAGUGCAACGACCAAUGGGGAUCUUUGUGUCGUAUCAACUUUAGAAUUCCUUGGAACACAAAAAACGCAAAUGUUUUCAGGUCACUGGACGGAAUUUAUCGGAACUCUUCGAAGUACCUCGCCAACUUCAUAACGCUUAUUGGACUUAUUGAUGCAUUAAGUAAAGAAGUAAUCUGUACAAUACCAUUUUGGUAUUUAAAUUGUAUUGGCUCUUAGUAUUUAUUGCGUUGCUUUCGUUGACAUUCCGAUAUUCAUUUGAGGUCAUAUGACCUAUAAAAGACACACUUAAGAGGGUCGCACAUGGCUCGUGUUGGCACACUCGUUGUUGCUAACCACGUGAUAAAUGUUUUGUAUUCGUUUGAGCGGGGUACCGAAUUAGAACGUAAAUUCAUUUCAGGCGUUUAAUAUCUUACGUUUUCAGGUCAAGAUCCGGACUCUAUAGAUUUUAACCCCCCUGCGUUGGACGAUGGCAGUCGUGUCAACUUACCGGUGCUUGUUAUGGCUGGGAAUCGACCCCAGUACUUGUUCAGAAUGCUCAAGACGCUGCGGGGGGUCCAGGGGCUGAUGCCCUCCAUGGUAACGGUGUUUAUAGAUGGCUUCUUUGAUGAGCCUGCCUCUGUUGCCCGGAUGUUUGGUCUGAAAGUUAAUCAACAUGAGGGUGUCAGUUCAAAGAACUCAAGGAUUUGCCAGGUUGGUGAUUUGUACACCCGGGGGGGUGGGAAGGGGGGGGGGAGGUACUGCCAUAUAUGGGCUAUAUAGGUGUAUGUGCCGCUGUGAAGGGUAUGGUUUUCAAGCAGUUUACUCUAGGAUAGGGUAUAUAAAUCAGAGCGUUUGGGUCUAGAAUAGGGUAUCAUUUUUUAGGACACUGAUCAGAUUUAUCUAGACUAGGGAUUGUGGUAUAAGGUUUUGUUUUGGCUAGACUAUGCUAGUGACCUCAGUAGUUUCUGGAAAACAGCUACUCUAGGAUAGGGGGGAUUGAAGAGUUUAAUCUAGUAUAGGGUAGCAAAAUUCAGCUGAACUAGCUCUGGUAUAGUUUAAAGGUUCCAGGGUCCCAGCGGCACAUCCCCACCCAGAAAUUCCUAAAGUAGCCCCCCGGGUUUGUACAUAGCUAUUGCAUAGAAAGAUCGGAUUCGCUACUCGAAGUAUAGGAGAGUUAGAGCAGGGGCGGAUCUGGGGGGAGGGUGCAGGGGAUGCGCACCCCCCCUGAGAUGACCUGCGGUUUUCUAAUUCAACUGGUAUUCUGCAAAAAAAAAAAACUAUUUCGUUUAUUGGUGUUGAAGUAGAGCAAGAGACGAAUGCACCCCCCUAAAAAAAAUCUUGGAUCCGCCCUUGUAGAGAAACUACCACGGACAUAGCAAGAUGGAAGUGGAACACCUUAUGACACCUACACAGUGUGCGAUAUAUCGCACAUAUGAAUUCAUUGUUGUUUACUGAACCCGUUUUUGUUUGUUUUGUAAUUUCUAUUUAUCCAGCACUACAAGAAAUCGAUAACGACAGCUUUUGAUCAAUUUCCUGACGCAAACUACGUUGUGAUUUUGGAAGAAGAUCUCGCCAUAUCUGUUGAUAUCCUCAGCUACUUCAAACAGCUUCUGCCAGUCUUGGAAAACGACGAGAGUCUUUAUUGUAUAUCAGCUUGGAACGAUCAGGUUAGCGAAAAUCAACCGGGAGAUACCGGUGGAGGGCAAUGGGGUGAGCGUGGGUGUACUGUGCAAGCCUCUCCUGGAGAAAGACAAAAUUGAUAUGUCCGAUCGAGGUUUUGAAUUCCUGUCGUUCUUUCCCUCACCUUUCUUGAAUUGUCUUGUCUUGUCUUUCUCUCCCGUGUCGCUCCAGAGUUCAGGCUCCCGAAGAAGCUUAUUCGAUAGAUAUACAAAAUAUGUUAUAACUGUCACCAAGUCUAACUCUAUGUAAUAUACAGAUACGUACUGACUCUACCUUGCAAAUAUGAACACUAAAACUCUUGCAUCUUAUAAGCUAUCUUAAAGUAGCUUGCUAUGACUCCGUGGAUUUACGAGAUGAAGAGAGGAUAGGAACUGAACGCUUCUGGGUUUCUUAUCAACAAUCAGCUUGAUAAAUCACAAAAAAUCAGUUACCACGUGCCAAGAAGAUUUGAUUUAUUGGCAGAGAAUAUAUAUGUGACAUUUUCCUUUGAUUUUCCCACAGGGCUAUGAUUACACUGUAGGCGAUCCUUCUAUGACAUACAGGAUUGAAACAAUGCCAGGUCUUGGAUGGUAAGUAUGGUAACCAUGGAAACCAUCAAACGCAGGACUGUUGUCAGUUAUAGACUGUUCACAGUCCCCUAUUUUUCCGUGAGAUCGUGGAGAUAUAGCGCGUUCUACCAUUAGUGGCGGCCAUCUUGAUUUUCAAAUAGUAGUUUUGACACUCAUGCAAGAUAGCAGCCCGCAACGCAAAGCGCUCGAUCUCGACGAUCUUACGGGAUGAUAGGGGACUGUGAACAGUCUAUGUCAGUUAAUUUGUAUCUCAUAUUUGAGUCUUCGCGUGACGUCAUAUCCGUCAUGUUGGUGUCCCAAAAAACUCUUGUGAGAGUUGAACUCUUUUCUCAUCUAUAAACUUUCUUUUGAUCCGAUAAAAUUGCAUUGCUGCUGAUUACACUGUAAUCAGCAGUCAUUCAUUCAUUCAUUGUUGCUGACCACGUGAGUGAAAACGCUCUUUAAAAUUAAAUCAUAAAAUGGAAAAUGAAGGGGUAACAAGAGAUCAAAGUUGACAAAACUACGCUACCAACACAAUUCGCGGAGGCGCUGUGCUGAAAACCAAAAAACACGGCCGUUGGGGAAGUUUGCAUUUAUAUGCACUAUGAGCCUUCGGAGGACGUCAAAUAUAUGGCAAAACAACCAUUGUCUUUCAUUUUCUUUAAUGGUAUAGCCUUAAUCUCGUUUUUUUAAGUAAUGCUGACAUUAAACUUGCUUAUAUUCCAGGGUACUUAGUCGAAAAAUCUACAAAGGUGAACUGGAGUCAAAGUGGCCUGCCCCUGAUGUGUUCUGGGAUUGGGACAUGUGGAUGAGAAUGCCCCGACAAAGAAAAGACCGUGAAUGUAUAAUCCCAGAUAUUUCUCGUACCUACCAUUUUGGCGCCAAGGGUUUGAAUGUGGGCCCGGCCAUGAAUGAAGCUUAUUUUAAAAGACAUGCGUUUAAUGCUCAACCAAGUGUUAAGAUAAACGCUGAUAUCAUGUACAAGGAAAAAUAUGAAGAGGAGCUACAGCGACUGAUAAGGUAUCAUUCCUAAAAGAUUCUAGAAAAUUGUCCGUCUACCCCUCCCCUAACCAAAUAUUUUGCCCUAAAUGAAAAGUUGAUCUUAACUUUGGGUAAGAAUCCAUUAAAAGGAGCGAGGAACUAUGUCACGGAGUUAACACAGACCGGUUUAUUUUUAUAUUAGACACAUUUUAGGGAGCUUUUCCCCCCCUAAUAUGGAGUGCAUUCAAAGUGUAAAAACGUGAAAAAGAAAAUCUAAAAGAAAUUGAAUAGUAAUUUUACAGGGUAAGCACGUGUUGUUCGAUUUGUGAUUUUUUCGCAGGCCUAAUGUAGUUCGGUCAAGCUUUUCACUAGGUUUGUUUCGUCUUUUUUGUUUGGUAUUGUUAUUUUUCUUAAGUUUUGAAAUCGUUGAGUUUUGUCAAAUCGUCGAAACAGUCCUGAACACCCUAAGUGAGUCCAAAAUCUGCGAUUUACACCCCUUAGCGAGAAGAAUAGCAUUUCGUCAAGUCACUUUUAUAUAAGAAACCCUUCCCCCAGGAUUGAUGCUUACCAAAGAUUCCAUCCUACGCCUUGAGUGUAGUAACCAGGAUUGAAAAGAAGCCUCACAAUACAACGACAUCCUUCUAGACGUUCACAUUUGCAAUGAAAUCUAAUUAUCUCUAUUUUCGUUUCUUCUCUCCCCUCAGUCAAGCCGAACUUUUAGAUCACUCCAGGACUCCUUGCACGAAUCCCAAAGACUUUGUACCUGAUACACAAAACAAGAUCUAUCUCUUCUACAUCCGCAUGGACCGCUCUAACGACUAUACGACGUGGAUAAACGUUGCGCGAUGUUUUAGAAUCUGGGAUCUAGACGCUCGCGGAUUUCAUAAAAGUUUAUGGAGAAUGUGGGUCAAGGGUAAUCAUGUGUUAUAUAUUGGAUGCCCAGCGUCACCUUACUGUACUCACAAACCAAAUGACUUGGAACCUAUUUAUAUGCCGAAUACAGAAACAAGACCAGCGGACGAGAACUUCUUCGCCAGAUGAUGUUUUUCAAGAUUGACAUGCAAGGUUUUAUAAUCAUAAAUUGACUUAGCUUUGAAUCCGACCAACAGCUCUUCGGAUUAGGAAUUUACAAAAAAAUAAUGGAUUAUUUCUAAUUGUUUUAAAAAUUAAGGAAGAUUCUUUUCAAUGGCUAAAGGAUUUUGUACACAAGACGCGAAGAUUACAAGGAUGAAGGGUUUGCUUUCUGAAAAACUGUAGUGUUGUGUCCGCGGGGGAAUCAAAUGCAAAAAUUGAUUUAUGAACUGAGUAUAGUUUAUAAAGAAGAUUACCCACCGUAAGGGGAUUAAAGAGCUAACGCUUCAAGCGCUAGCCCUUGUUCAGAGCAAAUGGCUAUGGCGUUCGUAGAGCUCGUAGUCUAAGAACUUUUAAGAAAAACUGCGAGAUGAUCUGAUAUGCUCUCAGUCACGUUUCUUAGACAGUCAUGUAUUCGCUAUUUAUGUGCCUUAGGGUAAUUCAUCUGAAAGUCUAUGAAAAGUCUGAAACUACUUUCAGAAGCCUCGUCUGUGAGGUCGUAGCUGUUUAUCAAGUGAUGAAAUCUCAAGAUACUCAACACAGAAGAAGAGAAAUAAAGAUUGUUUUUCAUGCUUAAUAAUGACAUGAAAUCAACGAAAGUUCAUGAUAAUACAUUAGCAAAAACAAACAAUAAAAUCGUCAGUGCGCAUUGAAAAGAUGGGUUUGAAAGUUUCUAGGAUACGUUAAGGGUCAGGGUAAAAAUUCGUAACUCAAAAUGACCCAAAAUGUGUUUCAACGUGUUGAAUAAACAAUUUGACGAAUCGAUUUCCAUCUCGUUCCACAUCAUCAAGGCAAAUGCUGUCCCGAUCGCCGUACGUGUUGUUUUAAACUGAACUCGCUUGGCAAAAACAUGUAAUCAGCCGUACAGGAUAUACGACCGCACUAAAAUGCAAUGAAAACUCGAAAAGAUUCAAACACAAAACUGUGGAAUUUUAAAAUUCAAAUCCCAUUUUCAGGAACCGUUGUGAGAAUCGAGCGUAAAACAACCAUGAACAAACUUAUUCGAAUUUUAUUGGGUAUGGUAGUGGUUUUAACGUUUUUAGGAAACAUACUGUUUAUAAUGGAAACUAGGAAAUUGAACAGCGACGCCGAAAAAGCAGUUGACAUCCCAAUGGGUCGUCGACAGUCACUUCCGCGAAAUCUUGAAGAUGAGUUACGCCGAGCAGCAGAGCUAAAACCUGCUAAAACCACAGGUACUACAUAUGUGUACACUACAUUUCUGUCAUGCUGUGCUGGGUAUUAUUUUACUUUGCAUAGGUUUUUAGAUCGAUACUAUUAAAUACAGCAUUCAAAGCUGCACUAGACAAAGGCGACGCUUUAAAAUAAGUCAUGAUAAGUAACAAUGAUUUAAUGGUUAAUGGCAACUUAGCUCAACUUAUGUUGACAGUUAAACGCUGACAAUUUACCGGUAGGCGACGAGAGAGUCAAUGUUAAAAUGAAUACAUGCAUGUUUUCAUGAGAAGAUGUCACUAAAAUAAACGUUUAUUUGGAACAAAGAAGGGGGGAAAUGGUCAUAGAGGAACCACAUUGGUUUUUCCGUCUUUGUAGACUUAUUCUGAAAGUGCCAGUUAGAAGGAUACAUGUUUUUGCUAUUUCAAAAACUUGGUUGUUCGUCUUUAAACUGACAAGUUUUAAACAAGCUUUUAUUUCUUUAACGUUGUGUUAGAAUGAAAUGACAAUAACUGCUUUUAGCCAUAUUGAAGAAGAACUAAAAAAUACUUACUAUUUGUAUUUUCUGACUGAUUUCUUUUAUAUUCAGUGUGAUUAAUUGUUUGACAGAAAAUCUCCACAAAAAAGCGAUAAUAAACGUUAACAACAAAAGGCGACCUUGUUUUCCCAGCUUUUCGACUAAGAAAAAGGGAAUUAAAAUAUAGCUCACUUUCUUAUCUUUCACUUUAGCUUAUUUAGAUAUUCAGGUGUACUCGAGCAAAGGAAACGCCUCAUUCGUAGUCAACGGAAAACUGGUAAGUAUAUUACGCGAUUAGGACUAAUGCACGUUUGUCGGUGCACGACCGAAACUAAAAUUAUAAACCAAACCAAACCAAACAAAAAAAAAAAAAUAUAUAUAUAUAUAUAUAUAUAUGGUUGUGAUAAAAAUUCGCCACUAUCACGGACCCUUUGCUUUUAUUCCAUACAAGAUUAAGUGGUAAGUCAGGAACUGUCACAUUUAUCACCAUAUUACUAGGCCGAAACUACUGCACACAAGAUUGACCCCAGCGUUUUUUAAAUUAAUCGUUUUUCUUCUUUCCUCGUUUUGCAUUUCCUUUCGCACCCUCCUCAGCUAACAGGGUCCCUUUUUCAGAUUUUGGAAGUAUAUUUAUCCGCAGAAUACUAUGAGUAGUUAAAUAAAGAUAUUGUGAGUUUUUAUACGAAAGAAAAAAAGGCAGUUUACAGACGGUAAGUAAUUAAUCCCCUUUAUGAAGAAAUUGCUAAUGCUUAGUUUAGUUUACGGUUGUUUUUUUAGGUUUCUGAAGUAACAGCAGAAAACCGCCAAGGAAUAAACGUAGUUGUUCUUAAUCAAGGAACCGGAGAUGUUAUGGCAGUACGAGGGUUUGAUACAUAUUCCUCAAAGGCAGAUUCUAAACAGCUUAUAAACUUCAUCAACAGUCUGGCGGAAGGUCGGGUCCUGUGUUUUGCCGUUAGGGUAUGUGAGAACUAAGUUUUUUUUUUUUUUUUUUGGGAACUGUACGCAGGGGUUUCUGGUUAUUCCAUUAACAAAAGGAGGGAGAAAGCAAGGGUGGAGAGCUGUUUUUCAACGUUGAGAGUUAGUAAAGGUAUUUUGCUUGUGCCACGCUUUGGAAAGCGCUUGCAAAUUAAGCAAAGGAAGACAUUUUCAUGGAUUAAUUUUUCGAGAGACACAGCUGUGCCGAAACAAGCUAUUACAAUACUUUUGAAGCUCCACUAAUAACCGUCCGAACAAUGAAGAUGAGGUGAUGAUGAUGAUGAUGAUAGUGUUGUUGUUGAUGAUGAUGAUGAUCAAGAAGAUGAUAAAACGGUGAUAAUGAUAGAUUGACAAUAAAAAAGACGAUAAUGAUGAUGUUGUCUCUAUUCCAGGACGAGGCUACAGCAAGUUUAAUGAUCUACGCUCGCAGCUUUAUCAGAAAACUGGGAAGCAGCUUCAUUAACCAGUUAGGCUGGCGAGACAUGUGGGCAUUUGUGGCUCAGCGAAUAAACAACGAAAAGUUUGUUUACGCUGAGGGUUUCCAGCAUUCAGCAAUCGAACAUGACUGGGCGCCACCCGUUACCAUCCACACAACAGUUCCGCUCAGGCCUGAAAGCGUUGUGAAGUGUUCUUGGGAAGACAACGAGGAGAACCAUCGACGGAGACAGUUUUGUGAUACGUUUGAUGGCUAUACUGGCAUUUGUAACUGUAAGUAACUGGCUUAAAAACCAUGUUCCAUUCCGAAUUGUCAUAUGGCUCUGUAUUUCGUUAAAGAGGAAUAUAAAAGUCGAUCGCGUAAAACGCUUACAUAUUAUGCUUGUUCUACCCUUUAUGGUAGAGGUAAUCAUUGAUUACGGAUCGAAGUUCGUCACUUACGGAAACAAAAUCGACUCGAAAGGAGUCCAGUUUCCCGGCCGAGAAGCCCCUGAUAAAAUUAAUAGGGGCAGCUGAUCGGCAGUCGCCCGUGAUAGCUCGAAAAUUUCUGCCACGGGAACAUCAGAUUAGGAUGCGUUAUGACGAAUGCGAUAAGGUACUAUAAAAUUGCCUCAAAGACGAUUAGUAUCUUUACAUACUGCCUUGUCCUUUUUUGAAGGUAACAAUCCUGAGUCAAUCGCCUUUGAGCCCCCUCCUUUACCUGAUGGCAGACGCAUUGAACUUCCGGUUCUAGUCAUGGCCAGUAAUCGACCCCAGUACUUGUUCAGAAUGCUAAAGACGUUGCGGGAAGUCCAGGGGCUGAUGCCCUCCAUGGUAACGGUUUUUAUUGACGGCUUCUUUGAUGAGCCCGCCUAUGUUGCCCGGAUGUUUGGUCUGAGGGUUGAUCAACAUGAGCCUAUCAGUGAGAAGAACGCGAGGAUAGCCCAGGUAACACGCGAGAACAGCCUAGGUAACAUGCGAGAAUAGCACAGGUAACACGCGAGAAUAGUCCAGGUAACACACGAGAAUAGGACAAGUAACAAGCGAGAGUAGCCCAGGCAACACGCGAGAAUAGCCCAGGUAACAUGGGAGAAUAGCAAAGGUAACAAGCGAGAAUAGCCCAGUUAACACGCAAGAAUAGUCCAGGUAAAACGCUAGAAUAGCCCAGGUAACAAGCGAGAAUGGUCUAGUUAACACGCGAGAAUAGCUCAGGUAACAAGCGAAAAUAACCAAGGUAACACGGGAGAAUAGUCUACUUAACACGCGAGAAUAGCCCCAGUUACGCGCGAGAAUAGUCCAGGUAACACGAGAGAAUAGCCCAGGUGACAAGCAAGAAUUGCUCAGGUAACAGGCAAGAAUAGUCCGGUUAACAACGGAGAAUAGUCCAGGUAACACGCGAGAAUAGCCCAGGUAACACGCGAGAAUAGCCCAGGUAACACGCGAGAAUAGUCCAGGUAACACGCGAGAAUAGUCCAGGUAACAAACGAGAAUAGCCCAGGUAACACGCGAGAAUAGUCCAGGUAACACGCGAGAAUAGUGCAGGUAACUCUCAAUAUUUAUAAGCGAUCAACGUGGAAUUCUCUUGCUGAAUAAGACAAGCAUUUAGCUGUGGUCAAGAGGGAUUUAAGGGAGAGAGAGGGAAACGCCCGGUCUAGUUCCUAAGAUAUGCGAAUUUCAGCAAAGCUUAUUCUAGACCAAUUAAACGCUUGCAUGGGUUAAUCGGAAGUUGGUUUCCAGAGAGGUUGGUAAACUUUAUUCAGCAUUGUCAAGAGAGAAUUCACCAUUACAAUAUUCUGCAUUGUUCGCUUUGAGGCGGUCGCGCGUGGACUUGAUGACGUUUAAACAAUCGAUUAAAAUGUUCGGACGUCUCAGGAAUUACACUUCCGGGAUCAAUUAAGGUUUCUGGGCAAUUGCCCACCUACCCCUCCCCUAGGCUAACAUUAAUACUUACUUCUCACUUUGAGCAAAAUGAUGGCUUAGGGAAGGGGUAGGUGGGCAAUUUCCCAGGCUCCUAAUUGAUCCGACUUCCGUUUAAUUGCAACCUGCAAAAAUAAAUUUAGUGAAGUCUACAUAUCUCGGCCAACGUCCUAAGAUUCCCUCUCUGUCUUGGUAUGAGACAAGCAUUUAUCGUUGGUCCACAGCACUACAAGAAAUCUCUGACAGCCUCUUUUGCACGUUACCCUGAUGCUAACUACUUGGUGAUACUUGAAGAAGACCUGGACAUUUCUCCAGAUAUUCUCACCUACUUUCAACAACUUCUUCCUGUCUUAGAAAAAGACGAAAGUCUCUACUGCAUAUCGGCUUGGAACGAUCAGGUAAGAUUAACAACAGUGUUUAGAAAAUCCACACUCCGCUUAAGUUAGGAUAUGACCUCUACAACAUAGCAGCUACUAAAUCUUAUAAGGCAAAGAAUUUUUCGGAUCGACUGCUUAAUAAUUCUGCAGCUUGAGUUCGGAAAUAUUCGAAAGGAGUUCCGCUAUCUUCGGACGACUUCGGAUAAAUCUCGGAUAAUGCCGACGUCAUUAACGGACAAUUAAUUCGUAAUUUGCGACUUUACCGCUCUCUUUCAAUCAAAAUAAGAGACACGUGUCAAGUCGUAGCUCAGCGUCAAAUUACCUGAACACCUUGACCAAAACUGAGUAAGUCCUUGUGGACGGUUAUAUGAUAAUGGUGAUUAAUGCCUGGCUUAAAUGUGUUUCUUGCCAGGGUUAUGCUCACACAGCUAAGGAUCCCGCAAUGAUGUACAGAGUAGAAACAAUGCCUGGCCUUGGAUGGUAAGAAAUUUAAACUUCUCUUGAUGAUGAUCUCCUGUCCAUUACACAGGAACGGCCAGAAAUGUAAGCUUCUCUUUAUGUGUUAUUCUUUCCUCGCUAUCGCACAGGAACGGUAACAAAUUUAAGAUUCUCCUGUGUGAUGCUCUCCAAACCAUUACACAGGAACCUUUGAAGACCGCAACCGAUUGGCGUAAUCUGUAAACGACAUACAGGGGACAGGGGCUUCCACGCGCAAUAUUAGGUGACGUCAAAUAUCGCGCGCGUAUGUCUCGCAUAAUCAUAAACUAACCAACUGCGCAUGUUAACAAUGUUACAUCUGAAUAGUGUGCCGUCUCGCUGGCACAUUACGGGCGUAUGUGCCACUCAGUCAACUCAACUAACGGCCAACUACGCGUGUUCAAGGGUUCGUGUUAACCUUCUACUUUUUUCUUUAAAUAUCCAGGGUACUUAGCCGAAAACUUUAUAAAGGAGAAUUAGAACCCGUGUGGCCAGGGCCCGAUGUAUUCUGGGAUUGGGACAUGUGGAUGAGGGACAACGAGAUGCGGAAGAACCGUGAGUGCAUUAUCCCGGAUGUUUCUCGCACCUACCAUUUUGGGGCCACAGGCCUAAACAUGAACCCUUUUAUGCAACAUCAUUACUUCACUAAACACGCGCUAAAUGAUAAACGCAAUGUCAAGCUGAACGUGGACAUUAUGUACAAGGACAGUUACGAAAAGGAACUGGGGAGACUCAUAAGGUAAAUAAUUAAAAAUAAAAAAUAAAGACAGCUCGACUAAAGGGAUCAAUUGAUUUGUUGGUAUCUGGGUAACUGACUACCAACCCCUCCCCUAUGUCAAUACCUCUUACUUCUCACUUUAGGGUAAAUUAAGCCUUAGGGGAGGGGUAGGUGGUCAGUUAACCAGCCACCUCAAAACUAAGAACUAUAAUUAGAAAUAAGGAGUCAUCGUUUGUUGCCUACCGUGUCUUUGAUGACGCAGAAACUAACUGAGUGCAUUUGAAGUGUCUUACUGAUAAAACGAGUCACUACAAUCAAGUUAUUCAUAGGAACAACAUUCAUUAUCAUUCUUCCCUCGUCGAACUAGUGUUACCUCUCGCCUUUUGAAUCUUUUUUUUUUUUGAGGUCAUGUGAAAAGCACCCGCUCCGAAACCGAACUGAUAACCUAAGAUUCGCCAACAGGUUUAACGAACUUUACGACGAAAACAUAAAAACAUAAUAAUUUAACAUCAAAAGGUAUUCGAAAAAAAUGACGGGGAAGUCAAAGAAUUUAAAAGGUUUAUAGCGCAAGAUCAGAAAGUUGCCCGAGGUUAAAAAUAGUUGUAUUACAUUACUGUCAAUUAACGUUCACUGGUUCUACCCAAAUCAAACAUUCUGCUAUUUUAACAAUUUCAAACAAUGAAUCGACACGUAUAUGUAGGUGGAUGUAUAUGUAGAUGUAUAAGACAUUCGGCAGUUUUAAUGAUGGUUUUCUCAGGUUUCUCUAACUCGCUCCUUUUAUUUUCAGAGAAGCUGAAGUCUUGGAUCAUUCAAAAAAUCCAUGCACAAACCGCAACGAUUUCGUCCCCUCAACGAAGGACAAGACUUAUAUUUUUUACAUCAGAAUGGACCACGCGUCCGACUGGAUCACGUGGUUCAAUAUCGCUCGGUGUUUAAAGAUCUGGGACUUAGACGCCCGCGGUUUUCACAAAAGUCUGUGGCGGUUAUGGCUUAAUGAGAGCCAUGUUUUAAUAGUCGGGUGUCCAGCCUCCCCUCACUGCGCUCAUAAAUCAAGUGACGUAAUCCCUAUUGAUAUUCAAAACAAAGUAACCAGGCCUCCUGACUGA